AUGUCGACGCCCUCAGGCGGCAAGUCAGGGAACCCGCGUUCCUUAGCAGUUUCGCUUUCGCCAAGGGCGGAAAACCCAUUUCCCGGCCAUGACUGGUCGUCGCGAAGUCCUCGACCGCUGGCGAGAAGGGAUUCGAAUGCGAGGUCUGUUCGCCCAACCUUUCGACGGGAUGCAGUGGACAAGGCACAAUCAGAGAUGACAAAGGUGCUGCGUGUCAGAACCGAGCAAACGGUUCGUCUUGGAUUGACCGAUUCCCUAAGCUACUUUACGCUGAAUCGCCUGUUUGUUAAUGAAUGCGAGGCAGUCUCUGGACAUUCUGGAACGGCGCUCAAAGACGUCGCGAACAACCAAAUUCUCGACUUUAUCCCGUUUCUGCACGAAGUGGAAAAGCAAAAUGCUGCUAAGCAAAACAAGAAAGACCCGACACUGGCGAUCAUCGAGGAGGAGAAAUUUAUGCUCGUUGAUUCGGCAGUAUUUGCACUUCGCGGCAUAGGGCAAUAUACUAUCCUCCUGGCAUCGAUUCCGGCCAUGGCCAAUGAGAUCUCGACGGUCCUACUCGACUAUCUCGAACUGCAUAACUCUUGCACGCCACUGCUUAUUCUCGAUGCUGGCGCUAGAACAACAGCUGGGCUGACCAAUAUCAACGCCAAGCACCUUGCCCCUACCUCGCGGUCGUUGUCCUUCAUUGCUCUGAUACCCUACGUGCGCAAGUGGGUCCGUCGUCGACCAUCCAUCACAGCCUCCGGCAUGGCAGAAUAUGACCAGCUGAAGCGCUUGUUCCAAGACCAUCCAUCCUCUAUCCACGAGAAGCUCAUCGACAUAAUGAGUUUUCGCGCAACUCUUUACAUCAGAGAUAUGAAGAAGAUCAAGUGGGACGAUGAGAUGAAGAAUAGGUGUAGAGGAACCAAAGUCCACAAAGUACUCUACUUGGACAGAGGUGAAAAGAGGAGAACCGUCACGCGGAGUCCUCCAGAAGACCAGCUAUCGCCUCGCAGUUGCAACUUCCAAGGCCAGAUCUUAAAUAGCUAG